UUGUUUAUUAAGGCUCUUGUCGCAUGCCGCUUGUAUAAGAGUUUGGCCACUGAAGCUGCUGAGGAUUACCUGGAGGUGGAAAUCUGCGACGAGUUGAAGAAAUACGCUGAGGAAUUUCGAACGCUGUCGUUAGAGCUUCUAGAGCACUGCUACCAUCAAGAUGACGCCCAGACGCUGCAGCUGCUGACGUACGAGUUGUCGAAUUGGGGCUGUCAAACAUGUCUUUCACUUGCUGUUAUGGUCAACAAUAAGCAGUUUCUUGCACAUCCGUGUAGGGUACUACUAGAGGAGAGGGCUGAUGAGCAAGGACCACCUGGACAGUCGGUAACGAGUAAAGGCGAGUUAAUGCAUCAAGGGUCAUCCAAGAACCCUGGGGCCGCUGGGCCGAGUCCGUAUUCAUUGUGA